UAGGUUACAUUUGGUUACAACAAGAAAGCCAAAAUUUUUGCGCAUUAAAAUGAAACUUACUAUGGAUUUAAGUUAUAAAAAUAAAUAUAAUUAGUAUUAACAUAAUAUGAUUUUAUAUACUUAACAGCAGCUUGUGAAAUGUCAUAGGCUGCAGUGAAAUUUUAAUAUAUCAUAUAUUUAGUAUUGGUAAAUAAACAUGUCAACAGAGAAUACAAACUAUAGUGAUGGGGUUAUUCUUGCUACUGGAGGCUACGACCACACAAUUAAAUUAUGGCAGGCCCAUACUGGAAUUUGUAUUAGAACUAUGCAGCAUGCAGAAUCACAAGUAAAUGCCUUAGAUAUAACUCCAGAUAAAAAGCUUUUAGCAGCAUGUGGGUACCAACAUAUUAGAAUGUACGAUCUGUGUUCUGGAAAUCAAAGUCCUGUCAUAAAUUGUGAAGGUGUCUCAAAAAAUAUAACACGAGUUGGAUUUCAAGAAGAUGGAAAAUGGAUGUACACAGGCGGAGAAGAUUCCUCUGCUAGAAUUUGGGACAUCAGAACACGUAAUUUACAAUGCCAAAGAAUUUUUCAAGUAUCGUCACCUGUCAAUGCUGUUUGUCUACAUCCAAAUCAAGCUGAAAUAUUAGUUGGAGAUCAAAGUGGUAUUAUACAUCUUUGGGAUUUGAAGACUGAUCAUAAUGAACAAUUGAUUCCUGAAGCUGAAGCCUCAAUCCAAGACAUUGCAAUUGAUCCAGAAGGAACUUUAAUGGCAGCUGUAAAUAAUAAAGGGCAUUGUUUUGUGUGGUCUUUGAAUAGUGGAAAUCCAGAGGAGCCCACAAAACUUAAUCCAAAACAACAUAUAGAAGCUCACCCUAAAUAUGCUUUAAGAUGUAAAUUCAGUCCAGAUUCAACAUUAUUGGUAACAACUUCUGCUGAUGGAACAGCUAGAAUUUGGAGAACAUCAGAUUUUACAAUGGUACGUGAAUUGAGAUGUGACAGUAUGAGGUGGAUGUGGGAUGCUGCAUUCAGUGCUGACUCUGAAUAUAUUUUUACUGCUUCUUCUGACAACUAUGCAAGGCUGUAUAGUGUGGAAACUGGAGAGGUUGAGAGAAAAUACAGUGGCCAUCAAAAAGCUAUCACCGCUUUAGCAUUUAGAGAUGAAAUAGUAUAAUAUUUAAACAAUAUAACUGCCUGUAAGUUUUUGCCUUCAUUUAUAUAAUGUUCAACAUUUUUGUACUGAAUUUUUUAUAUGUGUAUAUUUUACAAGACUUCUUCAAUUUCCACAUUUUUUAAGACUUUGCAGUUUUUAUAUUAUCCAAGGUAAAAUAUUAGUUUAAAAUAUUAUGAUAAGUAGCGAUUUUAUAAUGA